GCCGCCGUCGCGCGCGCCUCCUCUUCCCCGCUCCAUCUUUCCGAUCAGGCUCAGGUCGACGAGUGCGGGCGGUGGGGUCCGUACGUCGGAGAGCUCGCCGGCAAGGGACGAUCAGUCUUCUCCCCUCUUUCUUCGGAGUAGGGUCACCCGAGGCAAGCGGUCUCCUCUCCGGCGCGCGGCGCCACCAUCAGGAAACGGCGACCUCGAGGCCGACCAGGUCUUGCGGUGGUUAGACAACGUGGGGGGGCAGGUAGUUCAGGUUACGGCUGCGUCCUUCUGGAUUUGUAACCUUCCUCGAUUGCCAGGGUCGCACUGCCUGCCUCUGAAUCUGAAAAAUCUCUUGUUUAUACGGUUUAUUUGUCAGAUUACUUGCAUAUAUGCAUCGCCCGCUCGCCUAAUAAUUUACCGCUAUUAUAUCGUGCGACGUGCAAAUUUUCUCAAAUACUUUCUUCUUCUCCAAACAAGAAACCAACAUACGUGUUAAAUUGCAGUUUAAUUACUAGUUUUGUUGGUUAAUUAGGGCGCAUUUAAGUGUUUGAUUGUUUUGUUGCUUUUCCUUUUGAUAUUGUGUUUAAUUGCAGUUCAACUGUUUUGUUGGUUAAUUAGGGCGCCUGUAAAUACCUGAUUGUUUCUUUGCUUUUCCUUUGGUAUUUUACCCAAAACAAUUGCCUUUCUAGCUUAUGCCUACCGCACCAGACCAACUACCGGUUCCAUGACUUUUGUCAGUGCAUCUCCUGGAACAGGUGAAAGGAGCAGUGAGAUUGUGUUGAUCAAUAGGUUUGGAUCUCGGUUGCGUCUGCGAUUCUAGCAGUACACACAAAGCAAGAUAGUGCGGGCACCUUGGAAUUUUGUUGUCAAAUGGCGAUCAACGGUAGUAGCUCCAGCAAGAGAAAGGUUGAAGCCCGGCCAGAGGGGGAGAGCAGUUCCAAGAAGCUGAAUGUCACCGUUGGGUUCGAGACCCUUGACUGUACUAUCUGCUUUGUGCCCCUCAGGCCUCCGAUAUUUCAGUGCUCUGUGGGGCAUUUCAUAUGCUUCGAAUGUAAGGAUCAACUCGACUACAAGUGCCCCACGUGCUAUAUCAAAACUUCGUUCAAGCGCUGCUUUGGAAUGGAACAUGUCGUCCAGUCAGUCACAGUUGCUUGCUCCAAUGACAAGUACGGAUGUGCGGAGAAGGUCACCUACUACCAGAAAGAAGAACACAAGAAGGCAUGCCCGAAUGCCCCAUGCUUCUGCCCCGAGUCCGGUUGCGAAUUGGCUGGGCCAACAAAGGUGCUCCUGGACCAUUUAACUACCCAGCACAAGUGUCCAUCUACAAACCUUCCAGACUCUGGCACGGUGUGUCUCCGCCUACAGCCGGGCUUACAUGUUCUGCAAUGCACUGACACCAGCUACUUUUUCUUGCUCAACAUGGCAUCGGAGCCCUUUGGACAUGCCAUCUCCGUCGUUUGCGUCCAACCAAAUGUUACGGAAUUCAGGUUCGUGUGUAAUAUGAGCUAUGACUGCAUAACGACCGGCUGUUGUGGAAGUGCAAGCUGCCACAUAAGGAGCUCUUCACUCUCCGAUGGGCUUCCGACAGUGUAUGACUUGAUACUUCCCAAGGGCAAGGUUUCUGAUGGUGAAAAUGGCAUCAUGCUGAAAGCCACCAUUCAUCGUCAACCUUUAGGUCUCGGCAGAUCUUGUUUUCGAGAAUUGGGUCCAAUUCCUGCACUUGAACAAAGGCCCGAUACUUAUGAUGUUGAGGAGAAGGAUGAUGAUGAUGAGGAG